GCAGGGGGGGGGUGGUGGUGGUGGCGAUCAGCCAUGAAUCUCGCGAUCAAGCUGCGCAGGAACCUGCGGCGGCUGGUGAUCCUGCUGGCCACCUUCUGCAUGGUGAGCGUCCUGGUCUCGGCCUACUACCUGUACUCGGGCUCCCCGGCGCAGGAGCUGGAGCUGUCGGACCGCGCCGCCGAGCUGGACUGCGCCGACCUCAAGCUGCUCCCCUACCGCCUGGCGGAGGCCAAGACCGCCAAGCCCAUGGACCCGUCGCGCAAGGAGCCCGUGGUGCUGGUGUUCGUGGAGAGCCAGUACUCGCAGCUGGGCCAGGACAUCAUCGCCGUCCUGGAGUCCAACCGGUUCCAGUACCGCGCGGAGAUCGCGCCGGGCAAGGGGGACAUCCCGCCGCUGACGCACAAGGGCCGGGGCCGCUACGCUCUGGUCAUCUACGAGAACAUGAUGAAGUACGUCAACAUGGACUCGUGGAACCGCGACCUGCUGGACAAGUACUGCACGGAGUACAGCGUGGGCGUCGUGGGCUUCCACCGGGCCACGGAGAGUGCGCCGCCGCUGGCCAAGCUGCGGGGCUUCCCGCUCUACCUGCGCAGCAACCUGGGGCUGCGCGACUGCUGCGUGAACCCGCGCUCGCCGCUGCUGCACGUCACCAGGCCCGAGGCCGACCGCGGCCCGCUGCCCGGCGACGACUGGACCGCGUUCCACUCCAACCACUCCACCUACGAGCCGGUGCUGAUGGCCAAGCCGCGGCAGACGGGCGAGCCCGGCGGCGGCGGCGGCGGCGGCGGCGGCGGGAACAACCACGCGCUGCCCCCGGCGCCGGCGGCCUUCGGCGGCCCGCCGCUGUACGUGACCGUGGUGCAGGACCUGGGCCUCCACGACGGCAUCCAGCGCGUCCUGUUCGGCAACAACCUCAACUACUGGCUGCACCGGCUGAUCCUGGUGGACGCCAUGUCCUACCUGACGGGCAAGCGGCUGUCGCUGUCCCUGGAGCGCUACGUCCUGGUGGACAUCGACGACAUCUUCGUGGGGAAGGAGGGCACCAGGAUGAACGUGAACGACGUGAAGGCCCUGUUGGACACGCAGAAUCUGCUCCGAUCUCAAAUUACAAACUUCACCUUCAACCUCGGAUUUUCCGGAAAAUUCUACCACACUGGGACUGAGGAAGAGGAUGCCGGGGACGACCUGCUGCUGAAGUACGUGGACGAGUUCUGGUGGUUCCCCCACAUGUGGAGCCACAUGCAGCCCCACCUCUUCCACAACGAGUCCUCCCUUCUGGAGCAGAUGAUCCUCAACAAGGAGUUUGCCCUGGAGCACGGCAUCCCCGCGGACAUGGGCUACGCGGUGGCGCCGCACCACUCGGGCGUGUACCCCGUGCACAUGCAGCUGUACCAGGCCUGGAAGAAGGCCUGGGGCAUCCGGGUGACCAGCACCGAGGAGUACCCCCACCUGAAACCGGCCCGCUACCGCAAGGGCUUCAUCCACAGCAACAUCAUGGUACUUCCUCGGCAGACCUGUGGUCUGUUCACACACACCAUAUUCUACAAGGAGUACCCUGGAGGGUCGAAGGAACUGGACAAAAGCAUUAAAGGAGGGGAGCUUUUCCUGACCGUCCUCCUCAACCCGAUAAGCAUCUUUAUGACCCAUUUGUCUAACUACGGGAACGACCGGCUGGGCCUGUACACCUUUGUGAACCUGGCCAGCUUUGUGCAGUGCUGGACCAACCUGAGGCUGCACACCCUGCCUCCUCUGCUUCUGGCACACAAGUACUUCCAGCUGUUCCCCGAGCAGAGGAACCCACUGUGGCAGAACCCUUGCGAUGACAAGAGGCACAAGGACAUCUGGUCCAAGGAGAAGACGUGUGACCGGCUCCCCAAGUUCAUGGUGAUUGGUCCUCAGAAGACUGGAACCACGGCUCUCUAUCUCUUCCUGAUAAUGCACCCUUCCAUAUCGAGCAACUUCCCCAGCCUGAAGACAUUCGAGGAGGUGCAGUUCUUCAACAGCAACAACUACCACAAAGGCAUCGACUGGUACAUGGAGUUCUUUCCGGUCCCCUCCAACGUGACCACGGACUUCCUGUUCGAAAAGAGCGCCAACUACUUCCCGUCGGAAGAGUCGCCCCGACGCGCGGCCGCCCUCCUGCCCAAGGCCAAGGUGAUCACGCUGCUCAUCAACCCCUCGGACCGCGCCUACUCCUGGUACCAGCACCAGAGGGCUCACGAGGACCGCGCUGCUCUGAGAUACAGCUUCUACGAGGUGAUCUCCGCGGGUCACCACGCCCCCGCCGAGCUCCGGUCCCUGCAGAACCGCUGCCUGGUGCCGGGUCUGUACGCCGUGCACAUCGAGAGAUGGCUUACCUACUACCCUCCCAGUCAGCUCCUGAUCAUCGACGGGCAGCAGCUGAGGGCCGACCCCGCGGCCGUCAUGGACGAGGUGCAGAAGUUUCUGGGCGUCUCUCCGUACUACAACUACUCUCAGGCCUUAACGUUCGACCCGCAGAAGGGGUUCUGGUGCCAGCUGCUGGAAGGGGGGCGGACCAAAUGCCUGGGGAAGAGCAAAGGCAGGAAGUACCCGGCCAUGGACGCUGAGUCCAGGGCCUUCCUGUCGCGGUACUACAGGGAUCACAACGUGGAGCUGUCCAAGCUGCUGCACAGGCUGGGCCAGCCGCUGCCCUCCUGGGUCCGAGAGGAGCUGCAGAAAGUCAGAUAGCACAGCGGGAGGGAGGGAGGGAGGGGGCGGAGAGAAAGAAAGAGAGAGAGAGAGAGAGCGAGAGAGAGAGGGAAGGAGGACUUCUGACUACAAUCCUGCCAAAAAAAUCAUAUAAAAAUACAAAUUUGAAAAGAAGAAAAAAAAAAUGAGGAGGAGGAAUAAUAAAUAAAAAAAAACGACAGGACACGGAUUUUUUUCGAGCACCUCUUCAGGAACGGGAGUCGCCUCUUUCAGUGUUUCCAUGUGCUGGCAUGUGGGGUCAGGAGUGUCUGAAAACCUGUGGAAGGAAGAUAAGGUGCGCUGCCUUUGGAGGGGCGGGGGC